UUUUUCAGAUGUAUCGAUAUGUUUCAAACAAAUGAUAAUUGGUCAAUUAACUUGUACUUAAAACUGCUGGAUAAUUCCCGCUUCCCCCUUUACCGCUAACCUAGUGUUACCGGCCGGGGCCGAGGCUUGUAAUGCAUGCCGGCCGGCUUGGUACACAAUUCUAGGGUAUCCUCAUUCUCUAUCAAUACGACCUAGUCGUCAGUUCUUUCUUAUAUAUCAUUCUUCCAAUCAAAGUCAAAGUGUUCAAUACACUUCAUCCUCUUUGCUGUGCCUUCAAACUACACAUAUCUCCCUUUCAUCCAACUCAAUAAGGGUUCAUCCCCCACAUUCACCCCAUCAUGCACUCCACAAUCUUUGAGAUCAAGGAACAUACUCUCGAAUGUCAACACAUUAGGGAAUACCCUCGUGCCACCUCAAAUACCCAAGAAGAUGUAUUACAUCUAGCAAUCAAACAAUAUAUCCCUCGAGAUAAUCCCAAUCCACAACCAGGAGAUGUGACUAUAAUUGGUGCUCAUGCAAAUGGUUAUCCAAAGGAAUUAUAUGAGCCAUUGUGGGAAGAUGUUCAUGCACGUGCAAAAGCCAAUGGCUUUAAGAUACGAGGUAUCUGGAUAGCAGAUAUAGCUCAUCAGGGCGCUAGUAGCGUUUUAAAUGAACAGCUAUUGGGAAAUGAUCCAUCGUGGAUAGAUCAUGCCCGAGAUCUCCUCCACAUGGUUAAUACCUACCGUUCCCAAAUGCCUCUUCCCAUAGUUGGAAUCGGCCAUUCCUUCGGCGCCAAUAUGCUCACCAACCUCUCCCUCAUGCACCCUCGUCUUCUAACCACCCUCAUAAUGCUCGAUCCCGUAAUCCAACAACAUGCAUCUACCCCCCUCGACACUGUCUCACCCAAUCAACUCUCCACCUUCCGUCGCGACCUCUGGCCUUCCCGUGCCGCCGCCGAAGCUUCCUUCCGAAAAUCAAAAGCAUACUCAAAAUGGGAUUCCCGUGUCCUAGACCGCUGGUGUCAAUAUGCCAUCCGCUCAACCCCGACUACCAUCUACCCCAGUGAGCCAUCAGGUAGCGCAACCCUAGCCACACCCAGACACCAAGAAUGCUUCUCCUUCAUGCGUCCAAGUUGGGAAGCUUUCUCCGAAGAUGGUAAAACUAUUAUCCGUCCAGAUCUCAUCCCGGAUCUACACGAGAUUAGUCCAGCAAAAUAUCCUUUCUAUCGCCCAGAACCAAUCAAUACACUUCUACGACUUCCGCAACUCCGUCCCUCGGUUCUUUAUAUCUAUGGUGCUACAAGUGACGUCUGUUAUCCCGCUUCUCGGGUUGAAAAAUUGGCUUUAACGGGCACUGGACACGGAGGAAGCGGGGGAGCUAAGGAAGGAAAAGUUAAGGAAGUCAUACUGGAAGGAAUAGGUCAUUUGGUGGCGCAAGAAGCAACAGAAGAAUGUGCAGAUGCUUUGACUCCCUGGAUAGGACAAGAAUUAAAGAGGUGGAGAAGAGAACAGGAAGAGUAUAUAGAGUGGACUAGAAAGAGCUUGAUUGAGAAACAGACAUUUUCUGAAGAAUGGAAGAGAAGAGUUGGGGGACCGCCGAAGAGACUUGGGGCGAAGAGCGAUGGGAGUAAGUUGUGAAGUGUGAAUUAUGAACUUGUAGUGGUAGAUGCUUAGAUGUAGGAGUAUAAAUGGAUUGUUUAGAUCGUCAGCGUUUCCAUACCUACAUCAUUUUCUAAGUGUCACCAGAGUGAUACAGCGAG